GUGGGUAAUAUAUUGCGAUGCAACCACCCAAGAUGGCAACCAAGUAGAAACUGGUUUUCAACAGGUUUCGUGAACGAUUUUCUUAAUUAAUCGACCCUCUAAACUGUUCAAGCUGGCGGGAAAAAUGGAAUGUGCGAGUGGGAAAUCGGGAGACUUCCUCGUUGGGGGAAAAUACCGCCUUGUAAGAAAGAUUGGGAGCGGUUCGUUUGGUGAUAUUUAUCUUGGAAUAAACAUCACAAAUGGUGAAGAAGUUGCAGUCAAACUCGAGUCAACAAAGGCCAGACAUCCCCAACUUUUGUAUGAAAGCAAACUCUAUAAAAUACUCCAAGGCGGAGUUGGUAUUCCUCACAUUCGAUUCUUUGGGCAGGAAAAAGAAUACAAUGUUCUUGUGAUGGACCUCUUGGGCCCCAGUUUAGAGGAUCUUUUUAACUUUUGCUCUCGUCGAUUUACGAUGAAAACAGUGCUUAUGCUUGCAGACCAAAUGAUUGGACGCAUUGAAUAUGUACAUAACAAAAACUUUAUUCACAGAGAUGUGAAACCUGAUAACUUCCUCAUGGGCAUUGGCCGUCACUGUAACAAAGUGUUUUUGAUUGACUUUGGACUGGCAAAAAAGUACAGAGACAGUCGUACAAGACAACAUAUACCUUACAGAGAAGAUAAGAAUCUUACGGGUACAGCCCGAUAUGCUAGUAUCAAUGCUCACUUGGGUAUUGAGCAAAGUCGUCGGGAUGAUAUGGAAUCGUUGGGGUAUGUGCUGAUGUACUUUAACAGAGGAAGUUUACCAUGGCAGGGUUUGAAAGCCAAUACAAAAAAGCAGAAAUAUGAAAAAAUCAGUGAAAAGAAAAUGUCAACUCCGGUUGAGGUGCUGUGUAAAGGUUUCCCAGCUGAAUUUGCCAUGUAUCUCAACUACUGCCGAGGUCUGCGCUUUGAAGAAGCUCCUGACUACAUGUAUCUACGCCAGCUCUUCAGAAUACUUUUCCGCACCCUGAAUUACCAAUAUGACUACACGUUUGACUGGACAAUGCUUAAACAGAAAGCUGCUGCUGUUGCGCAAUCUACAAAUCAAGUCACAGCAGGCACAACUGGUCGUUAAUGAAAAAUUAUUUUAAACUGUACGACAGAAAAUAAAUUGUUGUAGCUGUAUAUGUCUAGGAUGUUAAGGAGUAUACUUGUAUAAAAAUCAGCAAAUCACUGUUUUUCUUUGGUUUUGUUUAUGAUGCCAUGAUAAAUUUUUAAAUAAGUUUUGGCCUUAGUCUGUUUAGAAUAGCAAUUUGGUAACUACUUUGAAUAUAUAAGUAUAAUAUUAUGUGUAAGAAACUAAUAUGUUAUCCAUUUAGUACAUAUUCAAUAUUGAAUUUUUUAUAGCUUAAAAUUUUAUGAGUGGAUUUGUUCCACUUCAGUCUGAUUUUUCAUAGUAUUGUUCAAAUUGUUCGAUUAAAGUUAUAAAACAGACAAAAAAAAAAACCUGUUACUAACAGACAUGUAGCAAGUGUAUAUAUAAUAAUCAUUAUUAUUGUAAAUAUUUUUUUGUAAAUUUCCAUAUAAAUACAUAUGUUUGUACAUUAUUGUAAUGUUUGCUGUCAUGUAUACAAGUUAAGUUAAAGUUAAGAAUGAUUUGGUAAUGCAAGUCAUUAAAUAAUAUGUGCAGAGCUAAAAUCAGUUUUGCAGUAACUUAACUAUAUGUUUUCUAUCUCACUUGUACACUUGUGAAGUUUGAAAUUCAAGGGACUAACAUUAUCCCUUUACGCAAUAUCCUUUGAGUGCUAUUAGUUAUAUCAGCGAGCAAGCCUCCCAAAUCUCUUGCUGCAAUUUUUUUUAUAUAGACCAAGGUUAUACUUCUUUUAAUCAUAACAAACCAUCCCUAGCACUUCUAAACACACAUAAGUAAUUUUAGUAAAAGCUUUUAUUGAAACAACCUUGAUGUGUGAGAUUAUGUAGGAAGGAAAAGAUAUUUAUCAGUGGAAAAAAUGUAUAAAUGUGUUGUGUAAAGGUAUUUAAUUGUUUGCAACCUUUUUGUCCUGCUGGCUUUUGGGUUUUAUCCUUGUAAAAUGUGUCUUUUUUUUAUUGUUUUGUAAACAAGGCCACAACCAAGAGUGUUCCAUUUGGUGUGGUUUUGUAAUAUCUUUUCAACUUGGUUGCUUUGUUAUUGUAACCUGAUGUAAACCUGAGAAACACAUACAUGAUUUUGACAGUUUAAUUUUAACAUGACUAGAACAUUAAAGAAAUUCUUUGUUCUAAUUAAGUGUGAUUUUUGCACAUUUGCAGCAAGAACGACAAAAUGCCAGAAAUGGUGUUUACUAAGCACAGCAUGUAUUUAAACUUUUGAAUGCUCUAGUGUGAUUAAAAUAUCAUGACUUACUGUUAAAGUGGAAGGUCAUAUAGAAUUAAGAUCUUUGAGAAAGUAACUGAGUGCUGUUAUGUAUAAGUUUAUACUUGUAGACAUAUAUUUUAUAAAGCAGUGCAAAGACUGUUCUUGCUAAAAUAUUGUUCAUUAGGCUACGAAAUUUAACUGUCAUUUACUUUAACUUGUAUUUUUAAUGAAAGAUUUAUUUCUUGUAAGCAUUGAAACUCUAUCAGAACUGUUGACUGAGUAAACAGUAUAUUUUGUUGAGAGUUAAAAAAGAAACAAGGAAACAGAAAGUUAUGGUUUAAUUUAUGUGAGAAGUAUUCACAGUUGAACUAAAUUGUUGUUGUUGUUAACACUGUACUGCUUUUCCCUCUAUUAAGUCUGGUGUUAUCAGUCCCUUAAAACAGUAAAGUUACAGGCAUAUAUUGUAAAUUGCACAGAGUGUGGUUUACAUGGGAAUGUUGUAUUGACAACACCAUGUGUAGUGAUUUUGAAAGGGGAAAUCAAGGGAGACAACACUCCUUGUUCAGUUUCAUGACACAUUAACACUUUUGACAUAGUGAUGAAGGAGUUCGGUUGGUCUAUUUUAUUAUAAUCUAUAACACAUUCGCAUUUUCAUACUUGGAGCUGAAAGUGACAGAACAGGGGAGGUUAUUAAAAAAUUUUAAUUGCAAUAACUUUGUCACAUCUUGGUCAACUUUGAUGAAAUAAGCUGCAAAAUGCAUCGAUAUCGUCCUAAUCAAAGGCAUUGAAAUGGAUUUUAGCUCGACUUUUAGAAGAAAACGUAGAGCUAUUGUACUUGCCCCAGCGUCGGCAUCGCCGUUGCUUUAAGUUUUUGAUAAAGUCAAAUAUGUAUGUUACUAUCAGAGCUAUUGACUUGAAACUUAAAAUAGUUAUUUACUCGAGAUCUGCACCGGGAGAAACAAUCCCCAUAACUCUGAUUUGAAUUUUGACAGAUAAUGAUUUAUGCCCCUUUUUAACUUACAGGUAGAAAUUUUUGGUUAAAGUUUUUGAUAAAGUCAAAUAUCUCUGUUACUAUUAAAGCUUUUGACUUGAAACUUGAAAUAGUUAUUUACUAUUACAGUCCUUACCAGGAGAAACAAUCUCCAUAACUCUGAUUUGAAUUUUGACAAAGUUACGCCCCUUUUUAACCUAGAAUUAUUUUACCGGUAUUAAAGUUUUAUAUAACGUCCAAUAUCUCUGUUACUAUCAAAGCUAUUGACUUGAAACUUGAAAUAGUUUUUACUAUCAAAGGCUACACCAUAAGAAACAAUCCCCAUAACUCAGAUUAAAAUUUUGACAGAUAUAUGCCCCUUUUUCUGGCAAAGCUCUAAUUCAGAGUCAAGCACUGAGAUAAGUCGAACGUGCUGUCUUACCGACAGCUCUUGAUAAAUUAAGUUUCUGUUGAUAUCAGUUAUCACUACCAUGUGGUUUGAUGUAAUUGACAAAAAUAUCAAAAGAUUUAAAUUUGUAUUAAUGUAUAUGUUUAUUUGCUGUAAUAUGAUCACUAAUGAUAGUCCCUCCAUUAUGCAGUCUUGGUGGCCAGAACCCAAAUACAAUAAGGAUCUCCGCAAAGUUUUGGACCUUAUAAUGCAUUUGGUGUGAUUUCUCAAACUGUGAAUUUUAGUAAGAAUUUUGAUGCCAAUUAUUACUUGUUCGAUAUCAUUUUCCAUUUUUUACACAUGUUGAAUAUGUGUUUUUCAAACAUCCUAGAGUGGACUUUUAUACCUGAUUCGACACCAGGGUCUGAGAGAGAAAAAGGUGAGUUUGGAGACCAUUCUCGAAUUCCAUGAUCUAACUGGUUGAUUCUGAACUCAGAUUUGAAAUUGACCAAUGGUUGUAUAUUGUGACUGGUCUCCAAACUUAGUUUUAUAACCAUGGACGAGUUCUGUUUUUAAGGAAGGAGACUUAUAGAUCAGUUCUGUUUUUGAGGAAGGAGACUUCAAGAGUAAUUAGAAUCAGCUCCAGCUUUUCUUUAUGAUAGAAAUAAAUUAACACUUAACCUUUAGCCUGCUGUUGGCAAGUGAUACUGUCUUUGCGACCAGUGCAGACCAAGAUGAGCCGGCACGUCCGUGUUCGCUAUUCAGUCAGUAACUUUUCAUUGAACAACCCUUCAAAUAAUAAAUUGUACUGCCAAAAUUGAAUGAUGGACCAGUCAAUUUUAGAAAUUUAGCAGGCUUAAGGUUAAACUGCUUACCUCCCUUUGAGCAAAGAUACUAACUCAGUAUUCAUUGAACUUGCAUUAUUUAGUUCCCUUUAUCUAUACUAAUUUGUAUUGCGCAUUAAGUUUUCGUGAUUGCAUUAUAUUUUGGUUACUUACUUGUUUGCAAAUCAGACAGUAAAACACCUACCAGUAUUGAAAAUAAGAUGAUUUAUGAAAUAGAUAAAAAUUAAUUUAAACUUCAAUCUAAAAUUUAAACUUCAGUCUAAAAUGUGUACUAUCACGAAAUCUACCAAAUUUUAAUGAUGUGUUUGAUAUUUUAACAUAGCAUUUGCAUGCAUUUAUUAAUUUUGCGAAGUAACCAUCACUGCUGUAUAAGCCAUGAUGUUGAAAUUAUGUCUCCCAUAACACAGUGGUGUGGGAGACAUAUUGAUUUACUCCAGUCUGUGUGUGUGUGUGUGUCUGUCUGUCUGUCACAAAGCUUGUCCGCACUCUUAAGUCGAACAUUUCUCAUCCGAUCUUCACCAAACUUCAACAAAAUGUGUCUGCCAAUAAGUGCUCGGCCAAGUUUGAUAACUAGCCAAAUUGGCCUAGGCACUUUGGAAUUAUGGCCCUUGAAUUACCCAAAUCACUCGGAUUUCUUGCGUAGUCUUACCUCCAAACCGACCCCUAUACUACUAGUAGUAUAGGGGUCCUUUUGGUGUCAAGAAAGCGCAUGCACAUGUGGAUUCAGUAAACAGCAUAUAAAGACUGACUUAUUAUUUAAAUGAUUAGGCAGUUGUGGGAGACAUGCGCUUUUUUCAAAAGCAUUUCUAGUUAAUUUUGAAUCUUAAAAAAUGUUAAUAGCACUGUAAAAAUGUUUAUUCUCACUUUGACAAGAUUGAUCAGUUUGUAUGCUUCUUCUAAAUAGGAGGAAUUAUUUCAAAUUUGGCUUGAAGUAAAAGCAUUUCUGCCUAAAUUUUGAAAAACUUAUAAAAAGGCAUUUUAUAGAUGUCUUUGGGUGGUAACUACUUUAUGUGUUUCUGGAAUUUUAUGUAGGGAGAAAAAGUGCUUCCAGUAUUUGACACACACGCUAUGUUUAUCUUGUUCAAAGUAUCUGUAUGUUGAUGAGUAAUUCACCUGAAAAAAAAAAUCAUUUUAGCCCUUAACAUACUGGACACUCUUGAUUCUGCCUUUGCCAACAGUGUAGAUCAUGAUCAUCCUGCACAUCUAUGCAGUCUGGUCAAGAUCUGCACUGUUCGCCAUUCAGUCAGUAUCUUUUCGGCGAGCACCCCUUUUAACAGUUAAUGGUACUGUCCAAAUUGAAAGAUGGACAAGUUUAUUAUAGAAAUUUAGCAGGUUAAGGGGUAUGCCGAAGGAGUUUGCAGGCCUGUUAAGAUGCUGUACUAAUAUUAAAAGGGACAUUUGUCACAGUGUCUGCCAGUUUUAUAAUUCACAGUGAAGUAUGUGAACUUUUAUGUAGUGUUAAACAUGAUGUAAAUGUAAAGUUUCUAACACAUAUUGUAUAUACCUUUUUACAGAGUAAUAAUGGAACUAUAUUGAUACUUUUCUGGAAUAGAAAAUUUUGUUAAUACUGUUAUGAUAGUGUAGAUGUGUAGACUAUUUUAUAUGGGUCAGAAAUAUAAUGGGUCUGACAUCGGACAUAUUACAGUAAUGUGUCAUCAGGUUUAUGCUGCAGACCAUUAUCAAAAUCUAUACGCAAUGCAAACAGCAACUGCUGCAAACUUCUGAUGAAUUAGAUAAUCAGUAAAAAGAAGAAUCAGUAUAAUUAUGUCUACGAUUACAUGUAUCCGUGUCUUGAAACAUCACAUAGAAAUAUCGGUUGUCUGUAAUGUAAAAGUAAAUUAGCAAUAUUACCCAGGUGAUAGAUUUGAUAUUCAUGACUAACAUCAAGUUUCAGCAUGUUUUUAGCUCACAUGUCACAAAGUGACAGUGUGAGCUUUUGUGAUCGCGCAGCGUCCGUCGUCCGUCGUCCGUCCGUGCGUCCGUCCGUGCGUAAACUUUUGCUUGUGACCUCUCUAGAGGUCACAUUUUUCAUGGGAUCUUUAUGAAAGUUGGUCAGAAUGUUCAUCUUGAUGAUAUCUAGGUCAAGUUCGAAACUGGGUCACGUGCGGUCAAAAACUAGGUCAGUAGGUCUAAAAAUAGAAAAACCUUGUGACCUCUCUAGAGGCCAUAUUUUUCACAUGAUCUUCAUGAAAAUUGGUCAGAAUGUUCAUCUUGAUGAUAUCUAGGUCAAGUUCGAAACUGGGUCACGUGCCUUCAAAAACUAGGUCAGUAGGUCAAAUAAUAGAAAAACCUUGUGACCUCUCUAGAGACCAUAUUUUUCAUGGGAUCUGUAUGAAAGUUGGUCUGAGUAUUCAUCUUGAUGAUAUCUAGGUCAAGUUCGAAACUGGGUCAGCUGCGGGCAAAAACUAGGUCAUUAGGUCUAAAAAUAGAAAAACCUUGUGACAUCUGUAGAGGUCAUACUUUUGAAUGGAUUUUCAUGAAAAUUGGUCAGAAUGUUCAACUUGAUGAUAUCUAGGUCAAGUUUGAAACUAGGUCACAUGCCAUCAAUAACUAGGUCAGUAGGUCAAAUAAUAAAAAAACCUUGUGACCUCUCUAGAAGCCAUAUUUUUCAUGGGAUCUUUAUGAAAGUUGGUCAGAAUGUUCAUCUUGAUGAUAUCUAGGUCAAGUUCGAAACUGGGUCACGUGCGGUCAAAAACUAGGUCAGUAGGUCUAAAAAUAGAAAAACCUUGUGACCUCUCUAGAGGCCAUAUUUUUCACAUGAUCUUCAUGAAAAUUGGUCAGAAUGUUCAUCUUGAUGAUAUCUAGGUCAAGUUCGAAACUGGGUCACGUGCCUUCAAUAACUAGGUCAGUAGGUCAAAUAAUAGAAAAACCUUGUGACCUCUCUAGAGGCCAUACUUUUGAAUGGAUCUUCAUGAAAAUUGGUCAGAAUGUUCAUCUUGAUGAUUUGUAGGUCAGGUUCGAAACUGGGUCAUGUGCCAUCAAUAACUAUGUCAGUAGGUCAAAUAAUGAAAAAAACAUUGUGACCUCUCUAGAGGCCAUAUUUUUCAUGGGAUCUGUAUGAAAGUUGGUCUGAAUGUUCAUCUUGAUGAUAUGUAGAUCAAUUUCGAAACUGGGUCAGCUGCGGUCAAAAACUAGGUCAUUAGGUCUAAAAAUAGAAAAAUCUUUUGACCUCUCUAGAGGCCAUACUUUUGAAUGGAUCUUCAUGAAAAUUGGUCAGAAUGUUCAUCUUGAUGAUAUCUAGGUCAAGUUUGAAACUGGGUUACGUGCCAUCAAUAACUAGGUCAGUAGGUCAAAUAAUGAAAAGACCUUGUGACCUCUCUAGAGGCCAUAUUUUUCAUGGGAUCUGUAUGAAAGUUGGUCUGAAUGUUCAUCUUGAUGAUAUCUAGGUCAGAUUCAAAACUGGGUCACAUGAGCUCAAAAACUAGGUCACUAUGUCAAAUAAUAGAAAAAAAACGACGUCAUACUCAGUUCAAAACUGGGUCAUGUUGGGACAGGUGAGCGAUUCAGGACCAUCAUGGUCCUCUUGUUUUAAUCCUUUGAGAUCUAGUUUUGAUAAUGACAUGAUAGAAUUAAUAAAAGAUGCAGAUGUCAGUGCAGUGCUAAACCUGUUGUCUUUUCACCCAGAUUGUAUACAUGUGUUUAAACAGGGAGUAGAGCAGUUAUAUGAUGCAUUGAAUAUAGCAUAAAGGUUUGCAGUGCAUAUGUUUUAUGUAGCAACAUUGUUGUUUUUCUUUAUGUAUUCAUUUCUCAGUCUAUGUUUGUAAAAUUGUGAAAAUGUAAACUAUAAUGAAACGUUUGAUGAAAAAAUGUAUAAAAGCAUUUAAAUAGAAGUUCUGGAUCAGUAACAUGUUUUCUAGGGGAUCACUGUAUGUCUGUUGGCACAUAUAUGUAAAGAUAUUGGUUGGUCAUAAUAGGAUGCAAGGCUUAAUACAGGGUAUAAUGCAUAAGUGUAAACAUAUAUUCUUACAAAUGUAGGGCUUAAUGGACUAAUACCUUGUGCAGUGUGGCCAAACCUUCAGACUUUUUAAUGGUGCUGUAAUCUACCUCCAAACUCGGUUACUAAUUAAGGAUGCAUAAUUUUUGCUUACACACUUGUUUUUAUUGAUCAGGGCGGUAUGCUUGGUACCAAAUUUUGAGUUGUAAAUAAAGAUUUAGAGAAAACAAUUUUUGUCCAGUUUCAUUAUGACUCUACUGUGGUCUAUGAACGUAAUAAGAGCAAUAGUGAAUUUUAUUAAGUGUCAUGUGGUGAUUCAUACUAUCACCUUUUCAGAAGAUUGACAUUUCAUGAUUCGAUCAUUUGUGAUUGUAAGACAUUUCUGAGUUUUAAGGUUAAUGUCAAUUUAAAAAAAAACUAAAUAAAUGCUGAUCGUCAGUUGUGUUUAAGACCAUCCUUUUACAAGUAUCCCUCUUAAGUGUUUAUAAAAUUUCUAAAAAUCUAACUGAAAUUUUGAUUGAUAGAGAAUUUGUCAGUGUUCAUUUUGCUAGGAAUAAGACUUUUCACAUGAACAGAACUCUGUGUGCUAUUUUUAGAAGGCCAGAAAUAGGUUUUGUCUAAUAAAAUUUACUAAACAAUUGAAUUUGGUCAUGUGUUUCAAACAAAACAAAAAAGUUAAAACUGCGAGAAAGCAUGUUGCUGAUUCAACUUCAUAGAGAGCAAGAUAAGAAGCCAUUCCAGCUAUUGAAAUCAAUGUUAAGGUAGAAUUUUUAAUGUCUGCAAGAUUUCAACUGUUUUUCAAUGUGGUAAGCUUCCUAGAAAAUUGCUGAAAAUAAAGCUUAAAAGUAC